CUGAAUUCCUGCACAGAUGGUAAUAAGUAGAAAGGUUUCUCGCCUAUGUGACUGGCAGGUUUGAAGUAAAUACCAAGUACAGAACAUGUCCACAAUGGGAGCGAUUCUACAUCUUGUAUUUCUUCUACCUCUGCUACGAUUAGGUGCCACCUCCAGUGUCGGCAAGGAGUUUGUGCUGAUCUAUCCUGAAAUGAAAGGAUAUAACGGUUCUUUGUCCCUGAGCCCCUACGUGGUUGGCCCUGGGUCCAUGACAUUGACAGUGUACGAGUCAGGGUCAGCUGGCACGUCCAAACUGCUGAUGAUGAAUGAUGAAAUAUUAUUAGGGAAUACCAAUAUCAUAUACGGAAGUGGUACUAGUUUUAAAAUGGCUCGCCUGACUUCGGAUAAAAAUGUCAAUAUAUUUGGACGGUACACUGGUAGUGACAGAGGGGAACUGUACCAGGCUCUCCCCACCACGUCCUUAGGAAGCGAGUAUUAUGUGGUUACGUACUGUGAGACGGCGGGGCAGUUUUGUUACCUGCAGAUAGCUACUUUGGACAUUGGCACGACUGCUGAAGUUGUUUUGGCAAAUGGUGGAAGCAGUGGUGUGACCGUUGAGUUCCUGGGAGUCACCUACUACGGCGGAGAUACGAUAAGCAUUACCUUGAACCAGUACCAGGUGAUUCACUUGGAGAGCACUGGUGAUCUUACAGGAACACGAAUCUCAGCCAACACUAACAUCGCCGUGUACAGCGGAAGUAGUGCUACGACGAUUCAGGGUGUUGGGGACGGUUUCCUCCUGAAGCCUAUGCCCCCGGUCUCCACGUGGGGAAAACAAUAUGUUGCUGUCAGGACUCCAGGAAGGAUUACAACUGGAGAUUAUUUUCGACUUAUUACCUGUGAGUCCAAUACCAUUGUAACGAUAUCUGGCGAGAGUCCAAUAAUUCUACCUAACAAAGGACAGUGGGUUCAGAGGAACUUCAGCGGCAGUGACGUGAGAAUCCUAAGUUCCAACAAGCCGGUAAUGGUGGUGAGAUUAUCGCCGGGACAGAGGGAGGCCACGGAGCCUGGACUUCCUACAAUGGUGGUGCUAGUACCAAAUGAACAGUUCGUGACUGAAACCAACAUGAUUGUGCCUAAAGUGCCCGGACUGACAAACAACACAGUAACGGUUGUAACUAAAGAACAGUACACCAGCAACGUGAUGGUUGAAUCUAGUCGCGUCACCAACUGGGCUACAGUUGGCAAUUCUAACUACAUGGUAGCAGAUGUUGCUGUCACGUUCGACUUCAUCACUGUAUCGUCUGUUCCUCAAGCCAGAUUUGCUGUCUAUGUUCACGGUCAUGGAUCUCUCUCGCUCGCAUAUUCUGGCGAAAGAAACUUCGCGAAUAUCAAUCCGCCGUGCACCCCGACAGUGAUGUCAAUAGGAGACGAGGUAGAUAAUGACUGCGACGGUCAGGCCGACGAAGACAGCUGCACGCUGACGGAUUAUGCUGGGAAAGAUUGUUCUGUCAUUGUGUCAGGUGAGAGAGAUGUCCAUGGAACCAGGUUUGUGUUCGUGUUUCCCUACCACACCCCUGAUCCUGCUCUGACUGUGGCAGUGUACUUCUCUCAACCCAGUGUCGUCGUCACGUUGCAGACACCCAAUCUACCAGGACAAAUCAACAUCACACAGACUCUAUCAGGGAACACCCGCAGCUUUGACGUCCCUUACUCCUUGCAAGUGAAUGAAUCAAGUGCAUCCAAUAACACCAUGCUACUGGAAGCAUCGGAAGAAGUAUCACUGAUGAUUCUGUCGGCAGACCCAUCUCCAGAUUUGUCUGGGGGUGCCUUCAGAGCUCUGCCCACCGACGGGCUUGGUAGAGAGUACAUUGCUGUAACUUAUUGCGAAGACAACAUGUGCUUCAUUGACAUCUCUGCAGUUCAUCCAGACACUACCGUUACAGUUCGACUAAAGCUUGUGAACGUCAGUCACGCUAUUAUGUAUGGUGGAGCGGAAUAUAGACAUGGGGAUACUAUUGUUAUCGGUCUGGCUCUAUACGAAUCCGCUCAAGUUCUCAGUACAGUCGACAUGACUGGAACGAAGAUUACAGCAAGCAAGCCAGUAGCCAUUAUAACAGGGGGCCAGUUUACCAAGGUGAUGGGACCUUCAAAUAAAGACAUGGUCGUGGAGCAACUGAUGCCUCUUCAAGCUCUUGGGAAGUCAGUGGCGGUUGUCCAAACGCCUGGUCGGCUGACUGUAUGUCCCAAGUGUAGAGAUAACAUUAGAAUCAUUGCGUCACAAGACGAUACGCUGGUUACUGUAGACAUGGAUGGGGCCUCCACUCCUUAUGGCUUUACAUUUGAAGGGAUGUUCCAGGACAUUCAGCUGCUGGAUAAAGGCACUAUACAAAGUGACAAACCAAUCAUGGUCAUACAAUUUAUGGUUGAAAAUAGCAUUACGAUCGACGGAGGGAUGGUGCUAGUCGUCCCAGUGGAGCAAUACUCGAAUGGCGACCAUCUGUUCAUACCUUCAACGAAUGUUGACACUGUAAACAUCCUGGUGAUCACCAACCAGUCACAUACUUCUACUGUCACAUACAACGACAAUGCCUUUACAAGCUGGGAAAACCUUCCCGGAACUAUAAUGUUAGCCACUUCCUCUGCGGAGUUUGUCAAAGGAGAUACAUAUAAUAUUACUGGGUCAACUAAUUCCACCAUAGGCGGUCAUAUUGGUACCAGAAUGGCUAAAUUUGCACCCGGGACCUUCUCAUUCCCCCUGGCCUUCAGACUUGAUGCAAUCAAUCAGCCGUGUGUAUUGACGCAGUCGGUUCCUGGAGACAGCAUCGACAACGACUGUGACGGAUUAGUUGACGAAGAGAACUGCACAGUUGGCAUCUCAGAGGAUGGAGACUAUGAUGGGAUGUUUGACGAGGACUGUAAGGAGGCUGCUGUCGCAUCAUCAUCGAUAAUGCCAACGUCCGUCAUAGCUGGGGCAUCUGUGGAUCUCCCAGUGACAAGUCUGGAAGAGUACUCAUCUCAACUCGUAAUACAAUCCACCUCAGAAGAUAUAAUCACAUCAACCUUCAUGAACCCGUCUGCUUCCUCUGUAGACCAUUUGGUGCCCUCCGUCUCCUCCGCAGAUAUUGCCACAUCAAUUGUCAUGAACCCGUCUGCUUCUUUUGUAACCCCUAUUUCCACCGAAGCACAACUAGAGACGUCGAGCACCCUCUACUGGUCUACAGAAACACCCGAGUCAUCUCAUGCUAAUGUUGCAGUUGCACCAUCUACCCCUGUUAUAAGUCAUUCCGAGCAAACGAUAGAGGAGCGUUGUACAUGUAAGUGUUCUCCGUGGAAGACUGACAUCGCCUCGGAGAGCCUGACACAGGUCGUUGAGAGCAUCAAGAAAGAACUGACUGUGGACAAGGACACAGUUUCACAAGCCAUCAGGAAGAAAACCAGUGCGCCCGACCAUCGGCAGUCGGCAGUCAGUAUGGGUUAUGUUGGUAUAGCGGUCAUCUCAAGCCUGUUUGUCGGGAUAUUUGUGUUAGAUGCGGGAUCUUUGUAUAGAGAUCUCCUGUCUCUAUUUAAGACACUGAAGGACAAUUGUAAAAGCAAACAAGCAAUGUGAAGACAGCGCCGACAGUAGGUAACACACUCUAUCUUCAUUCCACCUGCAUGGACAGUCACCCAUCAUUGUUCAUUAUAUUGCAAAUCUUACAUCACAAACAUAUGCGAACUAUUGGAUACAGAGAUGCGAAACAUCAGUCCAACAUUUAGAAUGUUAAUGAUUACAAUGAAACUCACCCCAAGCAUA